AUGGUAGCACAAUGUGCUUCACGGGCAUUGGCCCAGCCCAGAAUCAGGGAACCAUCCGGGCGACAUGUGAGUGAGAAGGGAAACGGAGAUUUGAAUCGAUUGGGUUCAGCAGCCCAAUCAUUUGUGCGAGAAAACAUGGCUGAAUAUGGGGCCAGAUCCAUAGAGGUUGCCAACCAUCGGGCCGAAACCAUUUCUGCGCCAGAGAAUGUGCAGCAGGGAAAAGGCACCCGAUCCUUCGUGAAGGACAUUGUUUCUUCUUCUUGGUUCGCAAUUGCAAUCACCUUCCUCAUUUCCCUGAAUUUGAUAUUGCUGGGAUUGGAAGUUGACACCACCGCCUCCCUCUUGGAUGUGUCUGACACGCCAAACUGGUUUGGCAUUGUCAACGUUCUCAUUGUUGGAGCCUUUAUUGUGGAGAUCGGCUUGAAGAUGGUGGCAUUUGGAUGCCGCGAAUUUUGGUUUGGCAAAGAUGGUACCUGGAAUGCAUUUGACUUCUUGAUUGUUUUCGUCUCCGUGGUUGAUGUGGUGCUGGAUGCCGUGGCACAGGUGCUGUCCUUUUCAUCGUCGGUGGACACGGGGCAAUUGCGGCUGAUUCGAUCUAUCCGUUUAGCUCGAGCGCUACGUGGUCUGCGUGUGGUGCGACUGUUCCGCUACGUCACAGCCUUGCGCACGUUGGUUUUAUCAAUUAUGAGCACAAUGGGCUCGCUGGUCUGGACACUGGCACUUCUGAUUAUUCUUUUCUACAGUUUUGGCGUUGUUGUGACGCAGUUAGUAGUGGAUCACUGCCGCUACGCAACCAUUGAUGCUGGGGCGGAAAGUGGGCCGCCACAAUGCCCUGAUUUGCUGGAGAAGUAUUGGUCAAAUGUGUCUGAGAGUAUGCUGACCCUCUUCAUGGCAAUCACAGGGGGUGUGAACUAUGACGAUGCACUGCGGCCUCUCCGUGAAGUGUCGACGCUGGCGAUUUUCUUGGUCAUUCUAUACGUUGCCCUCGCCGUCCUGGUGGUUCUAAAUGUUGUCACUGGUGUGUUCUGUUCGACAGCAAUAGAAACCGCAACGGCAGACAAAGAUGUGGCGACCAUCAAGCAAAUUCGUGCAAAGGCCCAGCAGGUCGAAGCAUUGAGAGAGAUUUUCACUGAGAUCGACAAGAAACACUCUAACCAGGUCAGUUUCAAGGAGGUUGAAGAUGCCAUUUCUGCUGGAGAACUUGCAAGCUUCAUGGAAGUGAUGGGCAUCUCCACGGAUGAUGUUUGGACGCUGUGUGUGCUGCUGGAUGUCGACAAGAAUGGGGCUAUUGAUUUGGAGGAAUUCGUGGGUGGUUGCAUGCAGCUGCACGGGCCGGCCAAGAGCUUGCAAAUUGCGAAGAUGAGUUUCGAGAACAAGUCGCUUGGCAUGUUGACUGCAGAGAUGUGGCAUCAGGUCGAAGAGAGAGGCUCCGGCGCUGGCAAAGGAUACACCCUCAACCUUCCGCUGCAAGAAGGUGCUGGGGAUGAUGAAGCCUGGCAAUUGCUACAAGAGACUUGGACUUUUUCUGUCGUUGGGGAAGAUCCGACCAUUUCUCGUGUGACUUUGCCUGUCAGUGGAUAUGUCAAAGCAUUGGUCUCAUUGACUGAGUUUGAACCAGAAGUCUUAUUCCUUGCAUUUGGCUUUGACGGUAUGGAGGGUGAUCCGUGCUUGGCGGGCCUGAAUCUGAGCAGUGCCUUUUUUCGACGAACAGCGGCUCGAUGUUGUCAAUUGUGUGGGAGGAUCGUUUGCACCUUGCAGGGUGGAUAUGGCCCUCAGGCUACUUCUGAAGCACUUCUGGGUGUGCUAGAUGUCUUGGCCAACGACGGGCCGGAGGCUGCUCCUUGGUACGCCUUCACCAAGGCACGGCCUCACAGCAUCACAGGAAUCUGCGCACAGCUGUUGCAGCUGUUGCAGAUUGUGUCACGACAUGAGAUCUUCAGUCAAUAUGGCUCCGUGAAGGAAGUCACAGUGUUGCCAGUAGCUGCCGGAAAGAAUGCCGCUGCAGCGUUUGUCAUCAUGCAUACAGUUGACGAUGCGAAGUGGAUUGUGGACAAUGUCAACGGUAAUGUGCCACAGAACCUCGCCACUCCGGUGACCGUGGUUUUUGCAACACCUCGGGAUUCCCGCCCUGGAGGUAAGGGUGGAAAAGAUGGAAAGGGUGGAGGGAUGAAGGGUAUGAUGAAUAUGAUGAGCAUGAUGAUGAAUUCCUGGGGUGGCUGGGGAGGUAAUGACAAGGGCGGUGGCAGCAAAGGCAGUCCCCAAGGUGUGACGAACAGCUACAACAAGACCUACUCGCCCCCAUGGGAGACAGGCAAAGGUGGCAAGGCACCAUCAAGCGGAUUCGGCAAGGGCGGCAUGGGCGGCAUGGGUGGCAUGGGCAAAGGACCUACCGGUGGUAAAGGAACGAUGGCGCUCGGUGGAAAGAAUGGUGGCGGUGCACCCAGUCCCGGCAGGUUCAAGACAGUGAUGUGCGCAUACUUUUUGCAAGCACUUGCAAUCGCGGAGCUUAUUGCACCUAUGCUCAUGGACCACACGAAAUCCAAAAGUGAUGUUCCUUUGCGCCCGGAGGCAAAGGCUAUGCACAAUCAGAAAAUGCUGGUUUUCCGCUUUGUUGGAAUGCCACGCUUGGAGCCUCCUGCGGAGCAAUUCAUCGUUUUGCACCAUGGGAGUGCAAUUUUGCACAGGUGGAUGAAGCUCACUGUGCUUCCCACAGAGCUGAUCAGAUUGAGGCCAGGUGCUUUGAUCACUUUGAUCCGCUCGUCACAUUUCUUCACGACCGGAAGACCAUUUGAGUUCAGUGCUGUGCGCUGCGCGGGUGUUGAGAAGAGUUUCGACUAUGUGCCUGAGGGCAUGCGCAAUUUGGUCUGUGAAGACACUGAAGAGUCCGAUGAUCAUUCCAGCAAAAGAAAUGCAGUGCAGCUGGUUGUGUUGCCUCGCAGAGCUGGAACCUGAUGAAGUCGAAAGGUAUGCGAAUGCCAAAUUAUCAAUUAAGUUACACUAUGUUACACUUCUGAUUGUAACUGGCCUUCAACUUACAGGAACUUUCGUCUUUGGCCAGAGGCACUGACGAUGCAGUUUGGAACCAAUGCAUGCUACAUUUUUAGGGAACAGCUAACAAGAUUUAUAUAGCAAGUUGUUCUGUGGAAAACGAACUAUGAUGAAUUUGGAGGUGUGCAGUGUUCCAGACACAGUGAAUGCUUUUAAUUUUACUCAACGGUUUCCCACCAAAGUCGUAUAAAAAUGAUGAUGUGCUUUCUGCUUACUCGCUUGUUUGCUAAUUAACAUU